AUGGGCGUAUGGUGCCUCGGUGGCGAACUGGAACACACUGGCCUUCUACCUUUUGCUUUGAACGAAGCCACCGUGUGGCGCACAAUCUGCCUAAUCUGUCUAUCAGCCGCUGAAUUUUGGCUUCAUCUGAGGAGUCUUGAGCUCUGGAUUGAUGUUUUACGCAGUCAUAUAAAUAUCCUUAGGAUAGACGAGGAAGAGCGCGAGGAGCUGCAGGCUAGCAGUGAGUAA